UCUAGGUUAUGCUUCAGUCAAUUAACUGUUUUAUUAGCUUUUAAGUAAUCGUGAAAGUUAUAGUUAUGGACUAUAAUCAGGUUACGAGUUAUUCACCCUGCUGGAUACGUGGUAGCAAGAUCGAGGAAAUAGUCUGGAUCGGCAAGGACGUGCUCGCUUGGUGCACCGGAUUAUACAUCGUAUUCUUUCACGUCGUCACGAAGCAGCAGAAGCUGUAUUGGUGUUGGAAUAAUGCGACCGGCGAUGGUGCUCUCUGUAUAUCCGGUCACGUAUCCUCGCCGAUCUUCGCCUUCUGCGAGAGAUCGCUUAAACCGCGAAUCCUCAUCCUCGAAUAUCCCUCGAUGACGAGAAUCUGUGAGUGCGUUGGAGGCUGCGACAGCGGCUAUCUGGCGAUCGCGUUUACGCCAGACAAUUAUCUUGUGUCUUUGGGCUUUUAUCCGAACUUCCCAAUGAUCGUGUGGUGCUGGAGAACGGGAGAGAAGAUUGCGAUCAUCGACACACCUAUACGCGACGCGGUUGGCCAGAUGAUCAGGAUAACUCAAACGGGACGCACCGUCAUCGGUCAAAUGGGAAAGACCUGCGGGAAAUUGCUCACCUGGGAGCUCAACGUUGUCGAUAAGAUUGUUAUCUUGAAAGGCAUAUUAUUUCGUUAUUUCUUAUACGUUCUACAGUCGAAGGUUCUAAAAUACGUAAAAUGUUUUCAUUGCGAAGAUCACGAGGUAAAACUGCCGAGAGAAGCUGUGGUGCGGGGGAUCGAUUGGUGCCCGAAUACGCCGAACAAUCCACUGUUGGCCAUCACCGACGCGGACGGUCACGUAUAUUUGAGCAACUACGACGGUACCGACGUUCUCCGUAUCGUUUUUUCACAACGUUGCGGGAUCUGCGUGGACAUUGAGACACCGGUCGUGUGCUGGUUUCGCGAUCAUAUCAUCCUGAGAACGACCUUCUGUCAGAUCCGCUAUUACAAGAAAGAACCGACCACCGACGUCUGGCGCAAGCAAUGGCACGUCAAGUCGAACUACAAGCCCAGCAUCCUGAUCGCGCAUCCCUCUAGGAAUUGGCUCUUCUAUUACACUCUUGAGGGUUAUUUAAUGCAGAUGGUGUUACCCGAGAACAAGGGCGCCACGCCGACGAGCUAUAAGUACUUGCAACACGGGGGUAGGUACCGCUUUGUCGAUUUUUUGUACCCUUGGUGCCAUCACCUCGCGGCGACAGACGAGCUCAAGGAACUGACCAUUCUCGAGAGCUACAGCGGCAGUGAGGUCUCCAAAGUGGAGCUCGAUAUAGAAGGUGGUAUAUCGGCUCAAGCUACCCAUCCGGAUGAACCGUUGAUUGUUGUUGUCAGCGAUCAGGGUGAAAUGACAGUUGUAGGUGUCACUGAUCCGGAGCAUCCAACGAUACUGAUGUACUUUCGUCUCCAGAGGAAUCCUUUAGAUCUCGUAAAGUUUUCUCGCUCUGUGUUUCCACGUUUCGUUCUUAUGGAGAGCAACAGAUAUCCUUCUAAAUACUCCUUCGCCGAACGUAGGCGCAUUGUUUCAACUCGAAUUAUAUACCUCUCGUCGAUUUAUGUUACCAACAGAUUUCUGAUCGCCGCGCAGAAGGAGACGGGCAAUUGCUAUUGCGUGAACCCGCAACGCGACGCGCCGUGGAAGGUGUUGGCCCAACUCCAAGCGAAAGGUCGCCUCGCCGACGUGAUGCUGUAUGACGACAAGGCGAACGGGUAUCUGAAGGUGCUCAUACUCCAUGUCGAGUACGAAGCGUUCAACUCGGUGGGUCGGCAACUGCUCGUGUACGACGUGCCAUACUUCCGGGAUGCAGGUCAAUGUCUGGUUGACGAGAUUAUUAACAUCGUAAAGCUGCCCGCGCUCUUUUACGAGCUGUGUCACGCGCCUGACGAUCCUCGGCAGCUGAUAGGAUCACCUUAUCUCGAACGGCAGUUAUACACGCUGAGGCUGCAACGUAGCUUUGAGGAUGCAAUCUUGAUGGACGCAACGCUGACGGGUCAUCAUGUGCGGCUCGCUCGCGUCUUCGCCGAUCGAUGUUGGAUCGUCACGUGCGCUCACGAUGGACUGGUCAUUAUUCGCGACAGAUCAAUACGGCAGAUUGUCGUUGCGGUGCCGAUGCAUCACAGACUCAACUCGGGCAGCCGAAAGGCGAUCGUUAGUUCCGACGGUGAUAUGAUAGUCGCUCUUGGUAACGAUGGUUCCUUGAUUGCGACGCGCGUUCAUCGUGAGAGUGAAAAAGUAUUAACAAUAUUCCUGUCUUUAGUACAGGAGAGUAAAGCGUCAUUGUCAGCGAGUGAAACCAAAAAUGUCUAUCCAGUGGACUGUGAAUGGUAUGAAAAGCGAAAGGAGAAGAUACUCUUGGAUUACGCCUCUCUAGGCUUGGAAGUUCGUACCUCGUUGACGCGAACCAGAGUGGACUUUCCGGCAGCCGGUGAGAAAAAGUUUGCAACCUGGGAGGAAUGGCGGCAGAACGAGCAACUGGAAAAAGAAACGAAAUUCUACGCCGCGGAGAAGGCGGCCAUUAUGAAAAAUCUGAAGACUUUGAAGGCCACCAUCAGCCAGCUCCUCGAUGCCAACGAAACUUGCUCGGAAAUGGAGAGAUUACCAGUAUCCGCGUUUGACCUGGACAAAGCAGGUCGCGAUCAGAAACUGAAGAUGGCUGAAGAGGAGCGAGAGAACAUACGCAUGGAAAUGGAACAUUUCUGCGCCUCGAUGGACCGCAUGGCCAGCUGGCUAAAGGCGACCUUUUGGGAUCCGCAGAUCGUAUUAGGUCGUUCGAUAUUCUCCUUUCGCGGUGAUACGGAGGUAACGAAUUAUCCGCUGACCGAGGAGGAUCCGUACUUCAAGGAACAUUUGCGAUGGGCGCAGUUUGCCAGGGAUUCAUUACGCAAGAUGGUCCGUGACACUUUCCAACCGUGGUGUAGUUACACGGAUGAUCAACUACAGAUGGAAUUGAGCAAAUUCGUUCAGAUGUACCAAGAGAGACAGAGAUUAACUCUGCUUUUGGAAGAGGAAGAGCGCGAGAUUGAUCCCGAGGAACUAACGGAGCUGCGGGCAGUCGAUGGUAGGAUAACUUUCUUGUUCGCAGGCAUGACAACUCAUCGGUUUGUCGAACAAUCGCCUUACUAUUACUCGCAAAUGGAAUCCUACGGAUUCGCGCACGUGAUGCUGGACGAUCGUUAUCUGAUGCACGACUGCGGCAAGCUCCGUGUUUACUUCAAUAGGCUCUUCGAUGACAUGUAUGCAGCGAAGGAGCGAGAAGUGAAUCUGAUACAGGAGAGGAACGAACGGAUACGUCAUAUAGACUCCGAGUUGAGGAUAAUGUUCGGCCAGAGUGUGCCACGGGUUCCUGUUGAUCCGCAGUGGCAUCCCAAGGUAAGCACGAGAUGCGAUCACCGAGUUUCUACCGAUGAGAAAGUGGAGAGCAUUAUUCAGGUGCUUCAACAUGAGGUCAAGGCGAAGCCUUAUGUGUCGCCAUCGCAGCAGGAAAUUCUAGACAUUCAAGCAGCGGAAGCUGAACGAAUUGAACAAUUGUUACUGACCGACGAUUUUCGCGAGCGCGCUUUAAUAAAAAUGAUGGACGGCAUGCUGGAGAUUCAUUGGGAGGACACCAUCAAGAUAGAUGUAAGCAAGCCCGUGUGCAUGCUAAAAAAACAACCGGAACAGUACACGUCCGAUGACAUCGCGGCCGUAAGAAAGUACAAAGCGGAUGUGGAGACUCUUCAGCAAGAGCGCGAGCGUUACAAAAGAAUACUCGAGGCUGAUUACGUGAAGAUUAACGGGCUUCUGCAAGAUGGAAUCGAUAAGUUUGAUGCCAAGUUGAACGAAUUCUUUCAGCUGAAGCUAAGAGUCGAAGCGGCGAUAAAUCAACUGAAGCUACGACAUAUUCGCGGUCGUAUACGCAAUCUGGCGCGAAUCGAGGCUGUGAGAGAAGACGAUAGGAUGAAACGGGAGAUAUUCGAGAGGCAGCGAUACGAAAACACAUUAAAGCAAAACGUUCAGAAGCUGCACGACGUCUAUCAGGAUAUGCUUGCGCAACACGAUGCCCUCUGCACUAACGAGAAAACGAUGGCGAGGAAGCUCCAGCAUGAAUUCACCGUAUUGUCGAAGGUCAACGUCGAGCUUCUCGGACGGCAAUACAAGCGAAGACCACGGGUGUCCUUGAAUAACGUCGCUGCUACUGACCUGGUCAAUCUUGCGAAUUACCUUGUAGACGACACAAAGCCAGCUUAUUUCCCGGCCGAAUGCGAGGAUUACUCGAAGAUUUUGGAGAGCCUGGACACGCGGCCCAGCGCAUUGCCGCAGUCGAUCGAGACGAGUCACUGGCAUCAUCUGACGCAAUUGCGCCGGCAGAGGAUUAACGUCGAGCUGAAGAUCAAGGCUCGGCAACUGGAAAUAACUGCGCUGGAGCGAACGAUCGCCGUAUUUGAGAAUAAGAUCGACACGUGUGAGUCGAGCGUGGCCCUCCUCAAGGAUCGAUUGAAGACGGCGAGGAACGAGCGGAUGAUACGCGAGCAGGACGCGGAGGUGCAGCUGGUGCUGAAGAGAGGCCAAGUGGAGCUCGAGCUGCGCGGUGAACGGCGCGACGCGGCAAACGCCGUCUUGGUGCCGCGCGGUGAAAUCGAGAGAGUCAACGAGCACAUCCGCGCCGCUGGUGCGCGCAAGCUGAACGCCCUGAAGCGCACGAUCGACUUCCGCCACGAGAUGCUGUCGAUCGAAUGGGAGCACCGCUGCCUAAUGACGAAGUUCAAAGAGUUGGAGGAGGACCUGCAUUUUGUAAAAGAAAUUACUGUCACCCGAGAUAUGCGUACCUAUCUGAAAAGGAGAGCGAAGGGAUUACGCGACGAUAAAACUGCAAUACGUCUCGAGAAGGAGAUCGAGACCGCGAAGAAGUCUCUGGAUAAAGCCUUGUCCAAGGAGACUAACAAACUGGAGAACCUCCGACGGAGAAUUGCCAACAUGAAGAAAAAGAACGCCGAGCUCGACCGAACUAUUACCGAGAUGAACGUGGUAAGAUGGGAGCUGGAGUAUCAGCGCGACGUCGUCGGAGAGAUGAGGCAACGCGAGCACAUGGACCGGAAGAUGCGUCUCUUCAGGCAACGAUCCGACUUGGUCAGAAGGCUUCAGGACAAUUACACUGAGCUCCUGGCGCUGCAGACCGAGCACGAAUUGUUGCGACUGCGAACGUAUCCCACGUUGGAGUGUUUCCGGACGUCGGACGAUAAGAGUGAAGUAUACCAAUGAUCGAUCCGCCAUUUAUAAAUAUAAUAAUUAUAAAAUUAUAAUUUUAUUAGUUUUGAAGGGAAAGGGAAAGAAUUUAGUUUAGACAUAAUUGUUUACAGAAAGGAAAACUAUUUUCCAGAUUUGGCCUUCUCCUUUCAUAACCGCUUUACAACUGCUCUGUAUUCUACGUUAUUUAUUAUUUAAUGAGUGCACGAAAGAAAAAUUAGUUGCAAUUAAUGCAACUGCAUAACCGCUAAAUUGUAGUUAUAUGUAACUGAUAUUUAGCUGUCACAUUCUUGCUGUCGCGACAAAUUUUUUCUUCCGUGUAAAAAUAAAAAAAGGAAAAGGGAAAGGAGAAAACCUGAAACAGGUUUUUCUGUAAUGUUUGUUCGUUAGGUGCACGUCGCAACGUUAUCUUAAUCUCUAUCGAGUAAUUUAAUUAAGUUUAUAGAUAACCGAGGAACAACAUGCACCAAUAACAGAGUCGGAGCGCCCGGCACGCCUGUAUUUUUCGCGCGCAUAAACUUAGCGUAAUCUCGCGAUCGCUAAUUUCGCAAUCACGGAGGCGGCGCGCGGCGGGGCCGGGGCCCACCUAAACCUCCGUUAAAUCACGAUCAACGUGGCGGCGGGAUUUUAAUCGGCGACGUUUCACUACGAUCUCGCAAAGGACAAGCGCCAAUUUACGCCGCCGGCAUAAAUCACCCGGCGCGACCCGAUCUCGAUACAUAAUGGGUGCCGCUCGCGGUCUACGCGUUUUUUUUUCACCAUAAAUAACAGUACUAAUAGUACACCGGCGAGAUGAAUGAUGCGGUCACGGCGACGGCGGCGGCGGAGGCUGCUGCGGUGGAUCGUCGGGUCGCCGCAAAGUGCGCGCGUACGAAUCAAUUUAAUCUGGGAAAUUUCCAGGUGGUCCUUUCGAGAGAAAGACGAGCGAGAGGGGGGGUGGGGGGAAGAAAAUCGAGACUCAUUCCGCGACGAUUAGAGUGACGUUCGAUCCGGACCGCGGUUUCCUCGAUCCUCAAUGUUUGUCUCCAGGGUCUCGCGGCCCCCGAAGAGGGGAGCAGCCGUUGUCCGCGACACUGUAAAUAUUUUCGACUUAAUAGCGAUUUGAUUUUUAUUAAUGGUGGCGGUCGCACGGCCCGCGGUAUUACGCGCCUCAUUCUCCGGCAUCUUUUCCGUUCCGCGACGCUUGUUCGUGGUAGCCGCGCGCGAAGGGAGGGGAAAGAGCGAUAUCCGUGACAGUCGAUCGAUUAAUCAUCGUUCCGCCGCUGACGCGGGCACAAUGCUGCCGUUGUCGUGGAGGAAGACGCAAUUGGGAUACGCCGCUCGCAUAUCGCGACUCUUGUUGCAAGACAUUCCGGCGAGAGCGGUGGAGUUUCACGGUGAAAACGAAUCUUUUAUUGUGCGCGAUUUUAAUAUUAACAUAUAUUAGAACCUUUGCUUCAACAUAUUUUAUUGUUAUCUAUGUGGAACUGAUAUUUAAUGAAUAAAGAAUGUAGAAGAUACAUGAUGCUGAGAAUGAUGACAUUGAAGAUAGAAAUUAAUUUCGUGUUAUUGCAACGAUGUUCGUAAUCGUUUAUGACUCGCGUUAAUGUUGCAACGUUAUUAUGGGUGAUUAAUAUUUAAUUAAUAUUUAAUGCAUACAUGCGAUAUGUGUUACAAAAUGUUACGCGAUUCACCUUAUAAAUGAAAUUAUUGGAUUUUGAACAAUCGUGUCACUAAUCAUUUUCCGUUCAGAGGGCGGCUCGUAUUUCUGAUCGGAUUGUAUUUUCUGAUUAUUUAAGCUUUUACGAAUGAAUUCUUUACACAGCGAGUUCGCGAUCUUUUUCUAUUAAAGUACACUCAGCGAAAUGUACCCGCUGUAAAAAAUCAACGC